ACACGCGCAUCUCUCAGCUGGAGCGCAGCAUCUGUCCAUUCCGCCACUCACUCACCGCGCACGACAUGUGAAGGUGUAACGCUCAUACAUGUGAUUUGUCCGUGUCCCGAGACCCGAAAUAUAUGGACGAGAUGCUUUCAAGAAGGUGGAUUGUUGGAGAUUUUGUAUGGAGGCAGCGGGACACCUCCCCAUAGUUCGGCGUAGAGUCUCUCUGAAGAGUGCGCGAGAGACCGACACCAGAGUUGCCGCGGCUCGGAUUGAGGACCAUCUGCUGAUUUUCCCCAACAAUCUGUGUUUUAGAGGGAUAACCGACUCUCAGAAGCGUCAGUAUCUGGCAAUAAGAGCUUUUAGAGCUUUUCUGGAUAACAUACUACAAUAUUGCUUGUUUCGUGGGGGUCGCUGAGACCUGAACUACACCACCAGGUGCCCCCGCUUAAUCUAUUUACCGGAUAACAAUUAAUACUGCAGAAUGUGUUCCUCUCCUUUUGGACUGCUCUCAAUUGCAUCUAGUGAAAUAUUUGCUCGGGACCACACAGGAUGAAAUGGACAUCAGCACUGCAAUAAAUUAGCCAAAUUGAAAUUCAACGAGAAGUCUCAUCUAAGCUAUAGGAAUACAUACAUGUAUGUAUUCUGAUUAAAUCAGACAACGUUUGAUAGAUCGCCUGGCAUCUUACUGACAGUGUGAAGUCUGGAAUACAAGAAUAAAUGAACCUGAGUGGACAGACAGAGAAUUAACAAUAUCCAACAUGUUUAAACGUGGCUGUGGGCUGGAGUUCCUGCUGGUACUCUGUGGGCUGGAGCUCUCCUGGUCCUGCCCACGUCACUGCAUAUGCUACAUGGCCCCCAGCACCGUCAGCUGCCAAGCCCACAACUUCCUGUCCGUCCCGGAAGGCAUUCCUCCGCACAGUGAGCGCAUCUUCCUCCAAAACAACAAGAUCCAUCGACUACUGCGGGGCCAUUUUAGCCUUACUACGGUCACUCUUUGGAUUUACUCCAACAAUAUCACAUAUAUCGAACCAACUACUUUCCAUGGGUUCACCUUGCUGGAGGAAUUGGACCUGGGAGACAAUCGCCACCUACGUUCACUGUCUGCAGAAACCUUUCAUGGGCUGGGCCGGCUCCAUGCCCUCCAUCUAUACCGCUGUGGCCUCAGUGCACUGCCGAAUAACAUCUUCCAGGGUCUCCGCAACCUCCAGUAUCUGUACUUGCAGGACAACCAUUUGGAGUAUCUGCAGGAUGAUCUUUUUGGGGACUUGCACAACUUGAGCCACCUGUUUCUUCACGGGAACCGUCUGUGGAGCCUGCACCAAAAUACAUUUAGAGGACUGGGUGCUUUAGACCGGCUGCUACUACACCACAACCAACUUCAGUGGGUGGACCGCCUGGCAUUCCACGACCUGCGGCGGCUCACUACCCUCUAUUUGUUCAACAACUCCUUGACAGAGCUGGCUGGAGAGUGUCUGACCCAGCUGCCUGCACUGGAGUACCUUCGGCUCAACGACAACCCUUGGGAGUGUGACUGUAAGGCUUUAUCACUGUGGGACUGGCUCAAAAAGUUUCGGGGGUCCACGUCGUCAGUGGGUUGCAUGGCACCGGCAGAAUUGGCAGGCAAAGAUCUGAAGCAACUGAAGAAAGAGGACUUCCCAAAUUGUUCUGGAUCUGAGUCCCUGCACCAAAGUAAGACCAAGACUUGGGCAGGAACGGAUAAGGUCUCACUGAAGCAGGAACCCCACCCUGCCCAGCCUCCACAAACACACCCACACCACCCCCAACUGAAUGAACAAUACCCUUCCCCUCCCUCUCCCCUGCCCCAGCCACCCCCUGCCAUAAAUGGUGUACAUGCAGGAUCAGGAGGGUCUCCAGGCAUAGUCCCUGCUCAGAGGCCCGGCCGCUCUCGGAACUGCACACGCCAGCGUGUCAGGGGCAGCAAGGGAAAAGGACCUAACGAGGUCCACACCUUAAAGGAGAUGGCGGAUAAGGAGUACUCCUCUCCUGAUUUCACCGGGAAAUAUGAUGAAACAUCUUCUGAUGGUUCAAACACCCGCAGAAAGCACAAAUGUACCCCCCGGACCUCUGUGCGUCCCCCUAGUGGGGUCCAGCAAGCCACCAACUGGGGACACUCUCAUCAUACACAUUUCUUUCUCUCUAGUAUUCUGGGACUGCUUGUGAUCAUUCUGCGCUGAACUCUGAUGCUGGACCAUCGUGGCAUCACAGAUACGCCGCAGUCCCCAGAUCAGCUCUAGCUCCAGCAUUACCAGGCCUACUAAUGUGUGUAUGUUUGUGUGUGUAUGUGUGAGUGAAAAUGUGUACUACAUUGUAUAAGGAGUUUUGCCAUUUAGACUGAAAUAGAUGAACACUGAACAGCGGAUGUUAUAAACUCCAAAUUUGGGUUGGGUAACAAGAAGAAUAGUGAAGCAAACUGAACAUGCUUGCACUGCCACUGUUGUUGUUCUUAGUUUUUUGAAUUUUUUGAUUUUUUCCAUUUCCUGUCGGUCUGGUCUGUCCCCCUCUAAAUGGAAAACCAUUUCAAUGAAAGAAAGCACAGAUAACCAAAUAAAUGUGUAGAAAGAAUGUGUAAUAGGAGGCACAAGUUUGCAACAUAAAUGGAGAUUGUGUUUAGAAAGCAUGUCCUACUGCUUCAUUUUUCUACAACAUAUAGAAACAAACAUAUAGGAGACCAUCAAAUGCUCCUAACUGUAUAAGUACAUUGUCCUGUGUUAAAUAUAUUACAUUAUUGCCAAAUAGAUACACAAAUAUAUUAGUGUAAGUUCUCCGAUGUUCAGGAGUUUCAACCAUUGGUAGGACUUGCUUUCUUCACCCAUGGAAUAUUAUACACAGAAUGACGUGAAACACAAAGUGUUGUAUGAAAUGAAAACAGUGUUAUAAACAGUCCUCCUAAACUGAAUAGCCAGUACAUCAGCACAUACAUUCUCCUUACCUCAGAAAAGUUAAGGCCUAAAUACAACAUUAUUUUCACUUUAGAUGUUUUUUUCUUUUUUUGCCCUUUCAAUAACUUCCUACAUUCAUUUUUCAUAUUUUCUUUGCUUUUGCCCUAAAAAGUGACUUCAGGUGAAUCAUUCUUAUUUUGGACUGUAUUGUUUCAUAACAGCACAUAAAAGCCAAUGGUUAUACUAGCUGCUAUAUUGUUUAUAGAAGCAAAUGAGACCCAUUUUACCUCAUCUGCUUCCAAAAAACACAGUUUGUGUGUGUGCGUGUGUGUGUCCAGUAUAAAAAGCUAUGAAAAAAAUUAGAGUUGUGUUUGUUUCUUGUCCUCUGUGUUGUUUGUUUUGUUUGGCUGUGACUCAGAGGACUUAGAAAUGGACUGCUGAUGGGGGCGCCGACUCUGGAGGGGACACAGGUCUAAUUGAAGUGAACUCUAUUUUGAAAAGCGCCUUCAGCCUAAGCCCGCCAUUGAAAACAUAGACACCUCUCUUUCUUAGAGUGGUGUGAAAUCAACUGUUUUAACAAGACAGGCAAGAAGAAAAGAAAACAACAAUUAAAAAAAAAACACACACAAAAACUAAAUGUAUCUUUAAGAGACUCAAAGACAAAAAACACAUUUCAAAUUUAGCAUGGCCAAAAAAAAAAGACCUUUUGGAGCCAUAGGCCUGCUUGAUUGCCUCUACAGUGUCUGCUGUGAAUGCAAAUAGGAGUCCAGGAGAGGGACAAUCACGUGAACACUCGGGACACUACGGAUGACAGAUGGUCUGCCGUCACAGAUGCUGUGGAGUACAGGAGAACUAUGCCUCCUGUUCUAAGACACACUUUGUAAAAAUAAGGAGAACUGUAUCAUCACAAUCUGCAAAUGGAAAUAUUAAUCAGUACUAUGACACUGACAUCAUUAAUGACAUUUUUGAUUACAACAGGGUUCCUGAAUCUCUGAAGAACCUCUCUUCAGAAUGCAAUUAUUAUUUUUAUUAUUAUUAUGAUUUGAUUGUUUUUCUUUGGUUGUUUUUUUGUUUUGUUUACACAUUUAUUUGGUAUGUCCGUAGGGCACCAUUUUCUGACUAAACUGCACAAUCCAGUCUCCUCUCGUCCCUCCCUUUCUCUCUCUUCUGUGUCUCUCCAUCCUAGUGAUUUGAUGGUUUAACGAGUCGUUCU